AUGUCUGCCAAGGCAUCUAGCGAGGAGCAGCCAGGAGUGAGCACGCGCUGGCAAACCAGUUUGUGUUUUGAUAUUCUAGGGUCCACAACCCGUGUUGUGCCAGCACCAAGGGUGCACUGUCAGACGGGACGUGCAAGACUCCCACUUCAUAGGCCCACCGUCUCAGAGGAGUUGGCCCAGAGAGAAUCUGCAACUGUCCAAAAGGAUGCUGCUGCUGCUGUUGCUUCAGAACCUGAGAUUCCUCAGAACUACGAUGCUGCAGCAUCAAAUUUUAACAGCUUAGAAGAGUUGGAGUCUGUGGAAACCUCGGCACCAUUACCAUUGGAAGAUAUAGGCGAUCUUCAUUGUGAGGAGGCUGUAGAUUUUGAGCACGCCACCUCAGACUUUGUGAUAGGCUCCAGAAGAGAUGACGGAAAGGUUUAUGCAGGCAGUGGCUUCUGGUUGGACCAGAAAGCCUGGGACUGCUUGUUUAGUGCCUCGACAGAUUCUAUGUUUUGCAGAAGCGCUGCUACCGUGUUAUGGACGGCAGAGCAGUUAAAGACGAGGAGUGUGACGGGGACACUUUCGAACAAAGCCCGUUCGCUUGGCUACACCGAGGCAAAGCCACCACUCACGCCAGAAAAAAUCUCGUCUCUAAAGGCGAUGCUUGCCAUCUACAUGGGCGACGUGACAAAGGAGGUGGCGGACAAGCGGUUGAAAAUGGUCCGCAAGCAUUUGUCACAAAAGCUUGGUGACGUGCAGCGGCGCUGAAUUGUGUGUAUCAGCCACGGACAUUAAGGUGUUCAAUAAAUCUAUCAGUCGGA